AAGAGCAAAAAGUGUUGUUGUUUUUGGUUUUCGCGUAAAUUUGUUCGAAGUCAGGAACCAUUGGUUUGUUUUUACCGUUCAAAAAGGUCAUUAUUGAAUAGUUAAGUUAGUUGGUACUAUCAUAGAUUCUAUUAAACUGAACAAAACGAGCACAAUGGCAGAUGAGAACGAUAGUUCCUGUGAUAAAUUUGAUAAUGAAUCUGCUAAGCCAGACAAGAUGUUUACGCUGAAAAAGUGGAAUGCAGUGGCAAUGUGGAGUUGGGAUGUUGAAUGCGAUACGUGCGCGAUUUGCAGAGUUCAAGUCAUGGAUGCAUGUCUUCGUUGUCAAGCUGAAUGCAAGAAGGAUACAUUGGGACGACAAGAUUGUGUUGUAGUUUGGGGUGAAUGUAAUCAUUCGUUUCAUCAUUGUUGCAUGUCAUUGUGGGUGAAACAGAACAAUCGAUGUCCAUUGUGUCAACAGGAGUGGUCCAUCCAACGAAUGGGAAAGUAAUUUAAUUGACCAUUGUUUUGUUGAGUCUAAUGUAAAUUUUUGAUUUGACCUUGAAAUGUAAUCUCUUGAUAAAUGCAAUUUGGAUUUCAAUUGUGAGGUCGAUAUUUUAUGCUGA